AUGAUUUUUAGCUAACGUUUUUACAUAUUAAUAAGUAUUUGAUCAUCAAACAACCAGCAGGAGUUCUGUCUCAAAUUUAACCUUCCUACCCUCCACUCAUUACCUGGAUUAAUUAAACCUGUUUGAACUCGUUACCUGUGUAAAAGAGGUUAUUAAGGUAACCAUAACGCACAGACCAUCAUGGGUUAAAAUCCUACAGAGUAUUAAAGGUCCCCAGUUCGUGUUCAGCCCCUUUUGAAUUAGGAUGACCAUCUGGACAGUCCAGAUGAGGCUUGGAAAGGUCAUGAGGUCAGAUGAGACCAAAAUAGAACUUUCUGGAAUGAAGUCCACUCACUGUGUUAGGAGGAGGAAGAAGCAUCUCAACUGUGAAGCACGGGGGUGGAAGCAUCAUACUUUGGGUCUGAAUGUCUGUAAAGCAGGCAGGAUGGCUGCAGUGUACUGAGGAGAGGCUGGGUGGGUCAUCUGUUCAGAAACAGAACAUUUGGAGGGAACUAGCAACAGGUCCUGAAACCUGAGCAAUCUGAAGAUCAGUAUGCAGGAGUGGACCAGAACCACAGGAGACGACUGACCUCUGACCUGGAAACAAAGGGUUCUGGAGCAAAUACUAAGCGUUGGGAAGCAGAAGACUUCUGUGUCCGAUUCACGGCUGUAAGCGUGUUUACAAGGAGCAGAGCGCUCUGGAGAGUCACAUCAUGGACCACAAGAUCCCGGCUCAGUCCCUGCCUGGUAAGAAGCUCCUGUGCUCCAGCAGCGGCUGUAGUGCCUCCUUCCCCAGCAUGCAGAAACUGAUGGAACACACCAGGCGUCACUACAAGCCUAACAUCUACUUCCAGUGUGAGAGCUGCCGCACCAAGUUGCGCUCCUACCGGGGCCUCCUGGCACACUUGCACACCUGCUCCAAGGUGCCGAGGGCCAAACCAAAGGCUGCGGAGCCGGCGACCCCCCUACUGGCUGCUGUGGCUGCCUCCAACCCGGCCCCCAGGACCUCUGAGUUGGCCCCUCCACAGCUGGAGUCGGUGUCUCCACAGCAGGCUCCCAUUCAGACCACGUCAGUCCCCUCUGCUGCCACUGUGCCGGACUCUGCUGACCCUCCUGUGCUUGGGCCCCCCAUGUUGACUCUUCAGGAAGCAACCCCUCCCCAGCACGUUGAAGGCCCCCCACAGAGCCCUCUCAGGGACGCAGCCACUAAGCUGGCGACCAGCUUCAGGCCCAUAGCUCCCAAAGCGGCUGCAGACCUGGCUGCUCCAGGAUCAACUACUCACCCUGCCUCCGCCGCUGUCUGGAGGAAGAAUCAAGCUAUGUCUAGCCACAGACGUGUCCUUUGGGAGCACACCAGGGGGCGCUACACCUGUGUCCAGUGUGGUCACACCGUAACCAACCGCAAAGAAAUGACUCAACAUAUCAACAGUCAGCACCAUGGCAACAAGUCUGGAGAAGAAGCAGGAAGUUCUGUCCCCAAGUCUUAGCUCAAGGUUUUCAUCAGUUCUACAGCUGUGUGAGAGGCGGAGCUAAUCCAGACAAAAACCUAAACAUCUGCCUGAUCACUGUUUACAUGGCUAGCUGACAUCAGUUUGCUUAAACUCCAAAAAUUUAUAUUUAAGCAAACUGAUAUUUAGCACUUAAUAUCCAUAUCUGGUUCAAUGUUAGUAAUUGACUAAUACAUAAUGCAACAACAUAUUGUGACCAUUAUUCUCCUGGUAAUGAAUAAUAUGUCUUGGUUUGGCUCCUAACUUCUACUUUGGCAGUGCAUUGUCUGGUGAAAGGAAGGUGUAAUAUACCUUUAAGAACAUCUGCAUGAGACAGAUGUUCUUAUGUGAAAACAUGUUUAAAUACUGGCAGUAAAAAGAGACUUAAUCUGUUCCAUGUUUAUUAUUCUUUUUCACUUUUCUUUCAAGUCAUAAUCAACAUUGUGGUGUGUGAACCGUGGCGGUACGUUCUGGUGUGUACCGCUGGUACUCCUGUCUGUCUCCCAUUAUGAUGCUUUAACUGUACAGAUCCGCAUGUUUGGAGCAGCUCUAUUCCUUCCUCUGGUUCUGGAUGCAGUUCAGCUUGAGGAUUUUUUUUUUGUUUCCCUUGUAUGUGUAAAAACAAGUUUAUUUUUUACAAUAAUUAUAGGAGCUUUUUAGCACCUGAAAAGCUUAAAACCUAGAGAUGCACUGAUUUGAUAUUAAUUUCUGUCUAUCUGUUCAAUAUCGAGAAAGACUCUAGAUGGAUCCUUGUGAACAGCUCAAUGCCGUGAACGGUAGAACUCCAGCUACAGUUAGUGACUAUUUUUUACAACUUAGCUUGCUUAUGAUGCUUUGUACCAGAGGUGGUGCUAGAUUUUGUUCCCAUCAUUUUGACUGACAUAGUCAAAAAGAGAAUCCAUCAUAUUCUAUUUUGUCAAAUUCUAAUUGAUGUUGACAUAGGCUAUGUUGAGAAUUUAUUUUGGGUUUAACCAGGAUUUACUUAAGACUUAUUAUUUGGGAUUUUAUCAUUUAAUAUCAGGUAACUAUUUUAGUUGCAGUUAGUUCAUAAAUCUAGUUCGCAUUUUUAUGACUAGUAUCUGGUUCAAAACUGACUAGUCGUAGACGUUUAACAGAAUGGACUCAAUAUCCCAUGAGGCUUUGAAGCGAAAGAAGAAGUAAGGAGGGAAUAGGUUUGGUUCUUUUUUCUUCCCGCUUCUUCUUCUCUUUUUUUUUUUUUGUUCCCGAUAGAAGAGUUUUUUUAGCUGAACAUCUACACUCCGACAUGUAUUGUAAUGUAUGAUUCGUUCAUCCCUUUUUAUUAUUCACUAAAGUUCAUUUAAUAAUC